CUGACACUACCAUACUACACAGUAUGUAACAGUCUUCACAGGUAGCAGGAAUUAAUUAUUUAUAUGGAAGAAUUUAACGGAAUGGACUAAAUCACGCGAAUUUAAAUGUACUAAUAAAUAAAAAUUUAUUCAUAUCUCGCCGAGAUCAAUUAGUAAAAAUUCUCAAUAGUGUUGAAAAGCGUUAGCAAAAAUCCACCAUCCUUAGUUUGAAGAUGUUAGCUCAUCCAUUAAAGCAAGUUGAUGUGUUUUCCAAAGGUGGGUUUAAUGGAAAUCCAGUAGCGGUUGUUUUUAAUGCGGACGAUUUAUCGUCAGAACAAAUGCAAAAAUUUGCCAUAUGGACGAAUCUCUCCGAGACUACAUUUGUACUCAAACCAACUGUUCCUGAGGCUGAUUACAGACUUCGUAUCUUUACACCAGGAAAUGAAUUGCCUUUUGCAGGACAUCCUACAAUCGGUUCAAGUCAUGCUGCCAUUGAAAGUGCUGUAUGUGUCCCGAAAAAUGGGAAAGUCGUACAGGAAUGCGGAGCCGGUCUCGUCCCUAUAACGCUUACUAGAGGGGAGAAUGACGAUAUAGAAUAUGCUUUUGAACUAUCAAAUGUUACGUCGUCACAAAUUUCCGACGAAGCAGCUGUAGCUAUAUUGAACUGUCUUUUCGACGUAAAGGAUCAUAUCCAAGAGAGGGGGAAAUGGAAUCCAGUGUUGAUGGAUGCUGGUCCAAAAUGGCUUACCGUUGAACUCCAAUCUGCCAACCAGGUUCUCGAUUUGAUUCCCGAUUACGGCACCAUGGCCAAGCUUUGUAAAGAGUAUGGGUACACUGGUGUAUAUGUUUUUGGAAAGCAUCACGGAGAUACGCAUUACGAAUCUAGAGCAUUUGCUCCAGCAAUUGGCGUUCUUGAGGACCCUGCAUGUGGCAGUGGAGCCGCCGCUUGUGGGAUGUACGCUUCCCUUUUUAACAAUAAAGACGGAGAGUUGGGAAAUGCUUCCAAUGGAAAACUUAGAAUAUCUCAAGGCUGUAAAGUCGGUCGUCAGGCAAAUCUGAGUGUACAGACGUUUAUGAACUCGGAUGGUUACUCGACAGUCAAAGUGGGUGGUUCUGCUACUACAUGCAUUACGGGCUCUGUUUUAAUUUAAAGUCAUUGAUUUCUCGUCUUUUCGUCUGAAUUUUGUUUCAAACACCAAAAUUAUAAUAAAAAACCCUCUGUAAUCGUAACAAAGGCAAUUCAUCUACAGGGAAGAAAUGCUUUUCCUUUCAUCCAUUAUAGUCUACGAUUCAACAAAACUCUGCAAUCUUUUCUUUACAUGCAUUGGACUAUAUAAACUAUGAUGAUUCUGAGCUAUUCUUCAUUUACCAAUACCAUCACAACCUCCCAUUCUUUUAUUUACUUACUUACCGGACCUCAAACUCGUCGCGCUAAAACAAAUGCCGGUAACAAGAGGAUGUUGUAAAGAGGUUAGAUAGGUUAGAUAGGUUACUGCUACUCUUCCAUGGAUCUACUACCCCCACACAACACAUAUUACCCCCAUUCUUUAAUGAAAGCACUACAAGGAAUACUGAAAGCCAGUGCAGUGCUUUAAAGGAUAAACAAUCCAUCUAGCAUUGUUCUAAGUAAACAAAGCCUAUUGAUGGUGGGUUUUUAGAGAAACUGAAAAAUUGUAUGGAUCCUUAAAAAAAAGUCCCGUUAAAUUGAAAUGAUGGGAAAGACCUUUUCUUUAGCACCGCUCUUUUGCACCUUCGCCUCACCCGCUCUAGACAACAGUUUCGACUCGAAUUAAAUUAUGCUUUUGACGUCGGGUCCUUCUUAAGCGCCACCUUAUCUCCACACCAUCAACGUGGAAUGACGCAAGUGACUUGCUUUCAUGAUUGAGCUAUGAAAAGCGAUGAGCCUUUUUAAAAAAAAAAAAAAAAAGAAAGAAAAAAAGAAAAAAACACGAGAAAAUGAAAGAAGAAAGAUGAUUUUUUGUUGUUGGAAAUUCUUGUAAAGAAAGAAAAAGCGAAAAAAAUAUAUCCAAGAAAAAAGACUCUUCCGCUCCAAACGCAAGACUCGGGAAUUGAUGAAAUUUGUACGUAGUUCUUCCAGAUAAGAAAAAGGUUAAAGUUAAUAAGGUUAAGAGUCUAUUCAUUGGAGAGAAGAGAAAAGCGCCCCAUUUUGGACUUUGUUUACGAAUGAAAAGGUCAGUCGCAAUGAAAAGGCAUCAUGGUUAGGUCAUUGUUUUGUUGAGCUAAACCUAUUUUGUACCAAUGAAAUUGUUCGGAAGAGUUAAGUCAGAGAGGUGAGGUUUGUCUUAGGUGGAUUGUUUACAUUGAUCAAAUGCGGGACAUUUGGAGCAUAUAAAUGGGGACCCAUGUCCUAAAUUCUUU